AUGGGCUCCAUCAUAUCCUCCUCUUUGACCAUCAGCAUGGGAGCUCCGCAAGGUUGUGUUCUGAGCCCUCUCCUCUACUCCUUGUAUACGCAUGACUGUGUGGCUACACACAACACCAACACCAUCAUCAAGUUUGCAGAUGACACCGCUGAAAUCGGUUUAAUCACAAACAAUGACGAAACAGCCUACAGAAAAGAAAUCAACAACCUCAUGAAUUGGUGUAAAGGAAACAACUUGUCUCUGAAUGUGUCCAAGACAAAGGAAUUGAUAGUUAACUUCAGGCGGAAAGAACAACAGUUUGAAGCCAUUAACAUCAAUGGUGAGACAGUGGAGAGGGUGAGAGACUUUAAGUUCUUUGGCGUUACCAUCUCAGAAGACCUCACCUGGGACAGUCACACUCAGCACACUUCUUCGGAUCACUGCGGAGCACUGGUUGGACCGGGUUGGGUCACUAACGUGGCCACCAGAGAGGCGUGCAGAGGUAAAGUUCCAGGGCGGGACUUCCUGUGCCCCCCGGUGCUGGAGGAGCUGCUGCAACACGGACUUCCUGCCAGAGAGGAGCUCAACCAGACGCUCGAGUUCCAGAGCGACGAACUCCGCUGGACCGCGCAGAAAAGGGGCCUGUGGUCUCUUGAGUACAGACGGGAGCUGACCAGUCCUCUGUGUGUCGCCGCGGCAACGGGCUACAGUGACUGUCUGCGGUUCUUGCUGGAGCACGGCGCUCGGCCGAACCUGCUGACCGGCGGUCGCACGGCGCUGCACGAGGCGUGUGUGAACAACGCCACCGAAUGUGCCACGCUGCUGCUGGAGCAUGCCGCUGACCCCAACCAGCUCACCGAGGAGGGCCUGGCCCCGCUGCACCUGUGCACACACGCCGAGUCACUACGCUGUGCUAAGCUGCUGGUGCGCCACGGCGCCAAGGUCAAUGUGCUGAGCGAGGACGAGGACGAGGAGACUCCGCUGCACGUGGCGGCCCGACGCGGCCUGCCCCAGCACGUCCAGCUGUACCUGCGCUACGGCGGCCAGGUGCGCCAGCGGAGCACCCGCGGGGAGACGGCCCUCGGUGCGGCCUGUGGCGCCGAGCGCUUCCACAGUGGGGACGAGGAGGAGGACAGGUACGUCCAGGUGUGCAGCCUCCUGCUGGACUACGGCGCUGAUGUUAACCAGGUGGACGAGGAUCGCCGUGGCCCGCUGCACAAGGCCGCUCGCAACGCACAGCACCAGCUGGUGGAGCUGCUCCUGGAGCGAGGCGCGCAGGUCAACGCGCUGGACUACAACGGCUGCUCUCCGCUGAGCAACGCGCUGCAGAACGCCAUGGUCAGGCAGCGGUGCCGGCCGCACACCGUCGUCCAGAUGCUCCUCAAUCACGGAUCCAUCAAUGUGUGGCCUGGGGCUCUGCUCAAGGUGCUGGUGUGUUGUGCAUUAGCCCCUAAAACGGUGGAGAUCGUGUUCAACUCCUACGAUAUGAUGCCCGUUACAUACAAAUGGCUUGCGGCCAUCCCAGAGGAGGCACAUCAGAUGCACCCGACCUUUUACGGGUCCCUGUUUGCUCUGGAGAACACGGCACGCAGCCUCCAGCACUACUGCCGCUCGGUGCUGCGGAGGCAUUGUGAGGGGCACUGCCACAGGAUCUUUCCUCAGCUCCCCAUUCCAAAGACCCUGAAGAACUAUCUGCUGCUGGAACCACAGGGCUUUGUAUAUUAGGCCGAGCAGUAGGAAACUGGUAGGAAACUGGUAGGAAGCUGGUAGGAAGCUGGUAGGAAACUGGUAGGAAACUAGUAGAGAACUGGUAGGGAACUGGUAGGAAACUGGAAGGAAACUGGUAGGAAGCUGGUAGGGAACUGGUAGGAAGCUGGUAGGGAACUGGUAGGGAACUGGUAGGAAGCUGGAAGGAAACUGGUAGGAAACUGGUAGGGAACUGGUAGGAAGCUGGUAGGAAACUGGUAGGAAACUGGUAGGAAG